CAGAGGGCUUUUCAGGGGUUUCCAGCUAAGGCCCAGCCAGUUGACAAGGAGCAGGACAGAGGUCACUUGAACUCAGAUGACAGGUCCCUGUUAAACACAUCAGCUUUUAAAUCAAUCUUUGUCCAAAGUCCAGUGAGUUCCAAGGCGAGCGCUCACAGCAGGGAGAAACCAAGUGGCCCAACUCCUUUCCCCGCAGCAAUGGCCUCCGCCUUCAUCCCCCGGGAAUGCAAGCUGUCCAAACAAGAAGGGCAAAGCUACGGCUUCUUCUUGCGCAUCGAGAAGGACACGGACGGCCACCUCGUCCGCGUGGUUGAGAAGGGGAGCCCAGCAGAGAAGGCCGGCCUCCUGGAUGGGGACAGGGUUCUUAGGAUCAACGGGGUCUUUGUCGACAAUGAAGAGCACGUGCAGUUGGUGGACUUGGUCCGAAAGAGUGGCAAUUCUGUGACUUUACUAGUUCUCGAUGGAGAUUCCUAUGAGAAGGCCAUGAAAACACAGGUGAACUUGAAAGACUUGGAUCCAAACCAGAAGGAGCCCGCUUCGAAUGAUAAGAAAUCGGCCCCUGUGAUGAAUGGAGGGGUGGAGAGCUGCGUGCAGCCGCGGCUCUGCUACCUGGCGAAGGAGGGCGACAGCUACGGCUUCUCUCUGAAAACUGUCCAAGGUAAAAAGGGAGUGUACAUGACUGAUGUCACGCCUCAGGGCGUGGCUAUGAGAGCUGGUGUCCUGGCUGAUGAUCACGUGAUUGAAGUGAAUGGCGAGAACGUGGAGAAUGCCAGUCACGAGGAAGUGGUUGACAAGGUGAAGAAGUCUGGAAAUCGCAUCGCGUUCCUCCUUGUGGACAGGGAAACCUACAGGCGCCACAGUGACCAGAAGAUGCCAUUCAAGAGGGAGACAGCCAGCUUGAAACUGCUGCCCCACCAGCCUCGGGUGGUGCGGAUCACGAAGGGAAGUGAUGGCUACGGUUUCUACCUCAGGGCAGGCCCCCAGCAGAAAGGUCAGAUCAUCAAGGACAUAGAAUCUGGAAGCCCAGCAGAGGCAGCUGGCUUGAAGAACAAUGACUUGGUAGUUGCUGUCAAUGGCGAGUCUGUGGAAACCCUUGACCAUGACAGUGUGGUGGAAUUGAUUAGAAAGGGUGGUGACCAGACUACGCUAUUGGUGGUGGACAAGGAGACCGACACCAUAUAUAGACUGGCUCGUUUUUCUCCACUUCUCUACUGUCAGAGCCAAGACCCGCCUAACGGCUCUGUGAAGGAGGCACCCCCAGUGCCUGCUCCUGCUCCUCCAGAGGAGGAGGUCUCGAGUCCAGACCCGACAGAGGACGCCGCAGCUCCUAAGCCCAGACUCUGCAGGCUGGUGAAGGGGGACCACGGCUAUGGUUUCCACUUAAAUGCCAUCCAGGGGCUGCCAGGCUGCUUCGUCAAAGAGGUGCAGAAGGACGGUCCCGCCGACCAGGCUGGGCUGCUGGAUGAGGACAUCGUCGUGGAGGUGAAUGGGGACAACGUGCUGGAUGAGUCCCAUGACAAAGUGGUGGGCCGAAUUCAGAGCAGUGGGAAGAGUGUCACACUUCUGGUCUGUGGCAGAAAGGCCUACGAUUACUUCCGAGCCGAGAAGAUCCCGAUUGUUUCCUCCAUGGCUGACCCUCUGGACACCUGCCCCGAUCCCAAAGGAGACACGGAGGCAGACUUGAAGCAGGACUUGCACAUGGCAAAAGACCGGGCUCACAGUUCAGCUUCGCACGCUUCUUCCAGUUCCGAGGACACAGAGCUGUGACAAGAGCCAGCGCUGGCUGUGGCUCCGGCCGGGAGGACUCCCAUUACAUGCCCUGAACUGCUUCUUCAAGGAAGGAGUCACCACACCCGUUUUGCUGUCCUCCUUAAAAGACAAACACCACCACCCCACCCCCUCCGGAAGGAAGCCUGCUUCCUGCUGUCAUUUUCCUUAGUGGCUGCCUGCACUCGCUCGCUCGCAGAAGGCUUCUUUGUGCUCGGCUUAGCUGUAAGGUGGGAGCCAGGCUCUUCUGUGGCGCCUCCCCACUUCCGCUUGACUGUUUCUGUAGCUCCUUGAGCACCCAGCCAGGCCUGGGGUCUGCAGGGGAGACGGCUGCUUCCAGCGUCGUCCCUGGCGGCGGCCACUCUGCUUGCCGGCAGGGUUUUGGCUGCUCUUCCCGUCCCGCCCCUGCUCCUAAUCUCGCCUGAGCAGUGAGUGGUGCUUUUGCCCCGUGCGAACUCGUGUUUCAACUUUUACUUUCUUCUAGAAACCCAAACAUGAUCAAAUACAGAAUAAGACUUAGUAAUAAAAGGAAACUUCCAGGCAA